UUUGCUUGACAAAUAAUUAACUGAGGAGUUUGUGCUGCAUUUAGGACAGUAAUCUUCAUCUUUGAAAACCCAACUCUCAGCAAUAUGAAUAUGGAAGAUGUGUUAAACACUCAGUUUGUCAAAUUAAAAGAAGCCAUGGAUAAUCUCUUCGAAUUGAAGAGCAGUGGACAUGUUUCGGACUUCAAGCAAUCUUCAGGUGCAUUAAUGUUUGUCGCACUCAAGCAUUCCAAUCGGGAAGUUAAACGUAACAUUAAAUCUGGACGAGAUGAAUUGCAUUUGCAGAAGUCAAAAGUUGAUCUCAGCCGACUGCAACUGCAGAAUCUAUUGUACGAAGUCAGUCAUCUGAAAAAGGAAAUUGUUCGUUGUCAGAAACUUAAGAGUCGCGAUACAUAUUUAGAAUUAUUGUCGGAUAAGGAAUACGCAAGCAAGUUUUCUGCUAAUGGUGAAGAAAUGAAUUCAGAUAUGUCCAGUCACAAAACACAUUUAUAUCGAUUGGAAUGCGAGCUCCGAUUGCGUAAAGAGCUUGAUAGUCAAUACAAUGCCUUGCUCACCUCCAAACAGGAGCUGCUGCAGGCAAAUCUCAGUCAGACACAACGAUAUCUCUCAUUCGCUCCUGCAUUGCGAACACUGCAGGACUCCACAAAACCCUUGCACGAUGCUCUACAGUUAUCCCUUGAUGUUGAAUGGAAAUUAAACUCAAUUGUUAAAUAUUUACCACGUGCGUUAUAUAUAUUAUUUAUCAACCUGAAGUCUUUGCAACGUGCCAAAGAAUUUCCUUUCAAUUCGGAGAUAGUUGGCUUUGAGAAUGAUGCUCAAAUGCAGGAAUUGCUGCUGGAUACAGAAAAUACUCUAAAGGAACGUCGAAAUUUUGCGGAAAAAAGUAAUGUUAUGGAAAGUGUACCGGAUAAUCUAUUGGGACGUCUACUUAAGCCCCAUCCACUUUACAUAAGUCUUGUUAUCGAAAGCCCAGAUAAGUCAUCUGAAUUGAUAUUAUUGAUCCGUUAUUGGGAAUUACUGAAAUGUGUCACAGUGCGUGCACAAUUUAGCAACAAUGCUCUCACAAAUAAUGCCCAAGGAGAUAUAAAUUUGGCUAACGAUCUGCUUGCGCACUUAUACGACGAUGAUUUGGGCCACGAUAUUCCUGUGCCAGGCAUCGAAUAUGAGUUACGCAACUUCAAUUUAAAGGAAGAGUGCAUGGAGUAUCUGGUUAAAAAUGGAUACGGAAAACCAUAUUGCUGGCUGCAAAGCAUGUGCUCCAUAGCGACCAUUGAUAAGAAGAAGUUUUUCAAACACGAAUUAAAUUUACACAAGUGGAUAAUAGAAGUAUUUCAACGAAUUUCAAAACGUUGGCGCUCUUGGUUACGCUUAAAUCAGCAAAUUCGAGGCUUGACCUAUAAGGAUGUCGAUAUGUACACUUUAAGGGAGAAUAUCUACCCAGAAGGCUUAUCCUGUAGCCUGGUGCAGUGGACCGCGAUCUCUCACGAAGAAUUCAAUAUUCAAAAUUCGGAUUUACUAAACAACUUAUCGCCUGCCAAUGGCAUUACAUACACCUCCUACCGGGCGGUAAUUGUGCGUGGAUCCGCUAAAAUGGAGUGCUUUAUUCGUAUACCCAGUAACUACCCAUUGGAAAUACCACUCUGGAUUCUAAGCGUCCAUUGGAAUGGACGACAUACUGCUAUGAACAAUGCGGCUAUUAAGAUGAUGGAAUUCUGGACAAACUCUUUGCGGCCCAAGCAAUUGGAGAAGAAUCAUCGACUGCUUUAUUCGCAGCUCUUCCGCACGAUUUAUAGCUUCGACAUAUUUCUUGAGACAGAAGGAGCCAUGCAGGCGACAAGAGAGUACAAUAAGGAAAAGCCCUACAUUAGCACAUUCACCAAGCGGAUUCGCUUGCGUCCAUACAAAUACAUUAGAAAGGGUUCCAUGUAUACAUUUAAGCAAUGAAUAAUAAAUAAAUAUAAUUUUGUACGAUAGUAACAGUUUUGUGUAACA